CGACGCCAGCUCAACGAGACGCUCUUCCAUGGCGGUCGUCAAGGAGUUCAUGAAGGACCGGCUUGGCAAGGGCCCAUCAUCGGAUGAGCUACCCGCCGGUCUUGCGUCGCCUCGAUCGCCAUCUCGCCAAUCGACGGUCCAGCCCGCCCAGUCAUUCAAGUCGUCUCGCCGUGACAGUGCUGGCAGCAAAGCAUCGUCAAUCGAGCACGGCUCCCCUUAUCAUGCGGAAGAUGAGGGACGACUUGGAUCUAGCCACUCAAACGCUGAUUCUACUCUCAGUCCGUCCAGUGGCAAGAAGGAUGGAAGUCGUGCGUCGCGCUUUAUGCGCCGCCUGUCUAACAUCGUCCCUAACCGCAAGAACGGCGCGCCCAACAUCUCGCCCACUCUUGUCGAGGAGGAUGUCCCUGAAGUUCAGCCCGCGGGGAAGAACCCAAUGUCUCCGCCUGAAGUACGGACAGUUAUCCCCCAACAACACAGAACGCCUCCUCAGCCUUCCCGCCAGGCCCAAACGUCAGCACCUCAACCGCAGGUGCAGGAACCACCCCAGCCAGCCUCGCAGGCUCAGCCCCCGACAAUCGUAUGUUUCAUGGGCGAUGUGAACGUCCAGUUCCCCGACACUCUCCUUUGGAAGCGUCGGACCGCGUGCCUCGACAGCCACGGCUUUCUCAUCCUGAGCCCUGCGCAGAAUCUCUCGGCCUCGCUCCAGGCCCAGGCUGUAAAGCGAUUUCACAUGAGCGAGUUCAAGAUGCCCUAUGAGCCAGAAAUGGAGAUGCAAGAGUUGCCUAACAGCGUAGUUCUUGACUUUAAGGAGGGCAGCGGGCUGCAGCUUGCCUGUGGAGAUAGGACCGGUCAGCUCACUGUUUUGAAGACACUCCAAGAUGCUCACAAGAGUCAUAUUAGCUUUGGACAAUGAAACUGUUUUGACGACUACCAGAACAAACAAAAUUGGAAAGAGCGAGGAAACCACAAAAGAAGAGA